ACAGAGAAAAAAUAAAAAGGGCCGUUAAUGGGAAGUCCAGGCUUUGCCCACCCUCGCACACACACGGGUCUGAGCAAAGCCACGUACGGUGCGGUGACUUCGUUCUCCCAGACCCAGAGCCAGAGCAAUCUUCCUCCAACGAAGACGACGAUUCCCCCAAACUAAUCAAUACUCCUGACUCAAAUUAUUCAACGGAAACUCCCCAACACGGCAAAACGUAUGAAAUUCAUUUUUUGAUAUAUCCGUUUUUCAAAAACUUCUCAACGUUUCAAUCAAUCCCUUAUCUGUCUUUGUUUAUUUCCAACAUUUUUCGUUUUCAAUAAAAAUAGUCCGGUGUCUUCGUGACUCAUUCCUUUUUCUUCACUCAGUCCCAACCCAUCGCAAAAAUGUGCCGGCUUCGCUGUCCUCUCCCUUUCUCUUCUCUCCGUUUCUGACCUUGACCUUUUCUUUUCCCUUUUUUUCCAGUAUAGAUUUUUGUGGGCGUACGAUUCAGUUGGUAUCUAGGGUUAUUCGUUCAUGGGGAUGAGGGGUUGGGGAGCGGGAAUCGUCGUGGCGUUGGUGGUGUGGGUUAGGCUAGCGUCCGCUUCCAAGCCGUUUAGGGUUUCGCCAUUUACAGCCGUUUGUCCUGUGGAAUCCGCUUCCGAUUCGAUCCUAAGGUUUCGCAAUCGGAAUUGCCCCUUAAAUGGUGAUUCUAGAUCCCUUGGUCUCGUUGCGGCUACCGAGGGGGAUGAGCUUUCACUGCUAUUGGCAUUAAAUAUGGUUCACACGAACAGUCAUCAAUAUGUAGCUGUGCUCUUCUAUGCAUCUUGGUGCCCUUUCUCCAGGACUUUUAGGCCAAUCUUCUCUGUCUUGUCUCUUUUGUAUCCCUCCAUCCCCCAUUAUGCAAUUGAAGAAUCAAACGUCAGGCCUAGCGUUCUUUCGAAGUAUGGAGUUCGUGGGUUUCCCACUGUUUUCCUUUUGAACUCCACAAUGCGUGUUCACUAUCUUGGCUCCCGGACCCUUACUUCUCUCAUUGCUUUCUAUAUUGAUGUGACUGGCAUUAAGAUGGCACCAUUGGAUCAAAUAUCCCUGGAAAAAGUUGUAUGUCCAUCAAAUCAUGAGAAGCAUGAUAACACCAAGCAGGAAAGCUGUCCAUUCUCAUGGGCAAGAUCUCCAGAGAAAUUGCUUCAGCAGGAGACAUAUUUAGUUUUGGCCACCGCAUUUGUGCUUCUGAGAUUGCUAUAUUUCUAUCUUCCAACUGUACUUCAAUGUGCUCAAUGUGCUUGGAGAAGACACAUUCGAAAUAUGAGAUUAGGGAGUUUGUGGGAGCAUCCUUUGGCAUAUCUGAAGUGCGCAAUUCAGUUAUUCAAUUCUCUAAACGAGCCUUGCAAGAAAAGCAAUUUACAGGAAGGAGCAAUGAACGCCAGGGCAUGGGCCUCCAAGUCCCUAGCGACAGUCUCAAUUGGGGAUGCAGGCACCUGCCGGGGUUUGCCUGGAGGUGAAUGUCACUGAUGUUUCACUAUUACCAGAUCGGUGGGAAAAAAAAAAAAAAAUCACAUAAAGCCUUUGUCUGGGCUUCAGAAACUCUUUUCCAGGAGCUCCUUUUGUUUUGUUUCGGAUAAUCUUCAUGACACCCGUCAUUACAGUAUUUUGAUGUAGACAUGUCUACCUUAUCUUGAGGUCGUUAGCUAUACGAUUUAGAUUACAACUUCAAGGUUAGUGAAAAGGGCAGAAAUUUUAGACCUCUA